GGGGCGGAGGAAAGGGGGCAUCGCCAUGGGGUCGGAGUCGCUGCUGCUGGACGUGGCCAACUGGAGCACGAUCCUGGUUUGCGGGGUGCUCAAAGUGCCGCAGGGAGCCGCCUUGCUGGCUGCCAAGUCCGCCCGGGGAGUCAGCCUGGAGAGUUUGGUGCUGGAACUGAGUGGCUUCCUCGUAUGCCUGCGGUAUAUGAGUUACUACAAUUAUCCUCUGCCGACGUAUAUAGAAUAUCCUAUCAUCAUUGUGCAAGAUGUCAUUCUUUUGCUAUUUGUUCUGCAUUACGGUGGCAAAAUGAAGCAUGCUUUGCCUUACACAGCCAUAUUUGUGGCAGGAUGGUACAUGCUAACCCUGCAGAAAUGGAUAGUGGACCUGGCUAUGAACUUAAGCACUGUAAUCAGCGCUGCAAGUAAACUUGUGCAGCUUCGAUAUCUUUGGCGGACGAGAGAUUCUGGGCAAGUGAGUGCCACGACUUGGAGUCUAGCCACAUAUACCUGUGCAACCAGAAUAUUUACAACAGUAAUGACAACAAAGGAUGUUACAGUUCUGGUCCGUUUCAUAGUCAUGAUGGCUCUGAAUAUAUGGGUCACAGCAACUAUACUGCACUACAGGAAGCCAGCAAAGAAGAGUGAUUAAGAUGAUGUUCUGUCUAUUUUAAGUGGUCUGGACCAAAAGGAAGAAUGAAACCAAUAUAUGAGACGGUAAAUUAGGACCAAAGUUAUCACCAAGCUUCAGUAAAUCAGCAAUCCAUUUAAUGGGAAACUGCUGGUAUUUCACACACUAAAGGAAGUUGCCACUAUGAAUUCAAUAAAAGUUUUGAUAUUUGUUGGCAUGCCUACACUUUUAUGUAUUUUAUAAGAAAAUUUUAAUGGAUUGCCGAAUGUGUGCCCAUAUACAAUUAUUGAAAUACUAAAGCAACUACUUAUGCCUCUCACUCUCCCAUCAAAUAUCUGUUGCCCAACUUAAAUGCAGCUGUGGUGUCCCUUUUUGUCAAAUUCUAGUUCCGUAUGAUACAAGCGUUGUUCCAGGGUAUGAGGUUGUAGCACCCUUAAAUGUAUUAGUUGCUCUUUUAUCAGCCCCUUACCAUAAAACUUAAUUUCAUAGCCGAAGCUUAUGUUUUUGAGGUUACAGUGUGCUCUUUCUUGCACACAACUGGAGUUUUAACUCCUCUACUUGCUCAGUAAACCUAUUGGUCCUGCCUGCUGCAUAGUAAGUUGGUUCUCAAGUUUCAUGGCCUGCAAUAAUAGUUUAGAAUAGCUUAGUUUCUUUGGAUUGGGGUCUUAUUCUUUUACACAUCCAACUUCCUAUUGGUUCUCAAUAUCUAAUGGGUGCCUGUAAAAGAAACAACAGCCUACAUAAAUGCUGUAAGCAUUUCCAAAAUAACUGCAAGAAUGGGUUUGUUUUGGUUGAAAUACACAUUAAACUCUAGGAAUAUAAACCCCCAUUAUAAACUUGCCGGAGCUGGGAAAAACAGCUGCUUAGGCUGGCUACCUAGGAUUCAGUGGCAUUUUUGAAUGACAGUUGGAAAAGAGCAGCAAUGCUUCGUCACAGUUCAGAAAGCAUAAAUAUACAAUCCUUUAUUUUGAAAGGCACUUUCGGAAAUGCUUCCAAAUAUGUGAAAGCAAGCAGCCAUUCUCUACUUCCCUGUGCAGCAAGGAAAAGGCCAAAAUGGUGUUUGAGCUGAAUCUGUACAAUGCAAAUCUAUACACCUUUUUGAGCAAGCCAGGCCAUGAAAACUUUGUAUGAUUUGAACCUAUUUUAAGUCAAUAAAAGCUUUAUAUUAAACACAA